CUCGUCACAAAUUCAGCAAAGGACACAAAAAGAAUCAGACAGACGGCAAGUCUCCUCCAUUUCCAAAUCCCGUCUCUCUUCUUCUUCUUCUUCUUCUUCGACAUCGUCGUCGUUGGCAGGGGGGUCUCGAGAAUCGUGUGGUCCUAGUCCUCCUCCUCGUCGGCCACCAGGUUGCAGAGGAGAAAUGGCGUCGUUCUCUUCGUUAGCCGCCAUUUCCAGGCCCCCGCCCUCCUCCGUCGCCCGCGCUUCCUUCCCGGCUCGCUCCGUCUCCGUUCCCAGAACCCGGUUUAGAGUAAACUGCAGCUAUGCAGAAGCUGGUGUAAGCGAUGACUCAAAAUCUGCUACAAUAGAUGUUGUGGCUGAUGUGAAGACUGAACGGGUUGUAGUUCUAGGAGGCAGCGGAUUUGUUGGCUCUGCAAUUUGUAAGGCUGCUGUAUCCAAGGGGAUAGAGGUCGUUAGCUUGAGCAGGUCCGGACGACCUACUUACCCAGGUUCUUGGGUUGAUCAGGUUACAUGGGCUUCAGGAGAUGUUUUCUACGCCAACUGGGAUGAAGUUUUAGUUGGGGCAACUGCUGUGGUUUCGACCCUUGGUGGUUUUGGUAGUGAAGAGCAGAUGCAGAGGAUCAACGGGGAGGCCAACGUUGUCGCUGUGAAUGCUGCAAAGGAUUUUGGUGUUCCGAAAUUUGUCCUCAUCUCCGUCCAUGACUACAACUUGCCACCUUUUCUUCUUUCUUCUGGAUACUUCACUGGAAAGAGAAAAGCCGAAUCAGAAGUCCUCUCCAAGUAUCCAAACGCAGGUGUUGUCUUGAGACCGGGUUUCAUAUAUGGAAAAAGGAGGAUAGACGGCAUAGAGAUUCCUCUUGACUUUAUUGGCGAACCAUUGGAGAGAAUUUUGCAGGCUGUGGAAAACUUUACCAAACCUCUAAGCUCUCUCCCAGCAUCAGAUAUUUUUUUGGCUCCACCAGUUAGUGUCGAUGACGUAGCGCUAGCGGUAAUCAAUGCUGUAAGUGAUGACGAUGUCUUCGGAAUCUUCACAAUUGAACAAAUUAAGGAAGCUGCAGCAAAAGUUAAAGUGUGAAGUCUCAUGGAGUACAGGGGCAGGUCCCAUAGACAAAGCAUCGCCUAAAGCGGAGGCCAUACUGUGGUGGGUUCGGUAUACUGGUUUCCAAUAAAUUUACAAUGCAGGCACAGGUUUUCUCUGACCUCUUUUUUCUAUGCGGGUUAGUGGGGUAAAGGUUUAAACACAUGGUUCUUUUAAAUAUUAUCAGUGUAUGAAGCUCUUGACCCCGGCGCAAUGCAUGGUAAAAGUUUGUAUCUGAUAGUCAUGAACCCGAUAACCUGCUUUUUUGUGCAUUAGA